AUGGUCGUUCUCAAACACGCAGCGAUCCUAUUGGCUUCCCUCGCUACUUUGGCUACUGCUUCACCUGCCUCCGCCCAAUGGGGUAAACCCGACGUCUCCGCUAUGGGUGUUGCGCACCGUGGUAACCCUAGUGACGCUGCCACAAACGGUGACGGGAAGGCUCACGAGCACGGCAACUGGCAACACUCGGCAGCAGGGAAUGACGAGGAAGAAGAAAACAAAAACCCUCCAGAAAAGGGAAAAGAUGGUGGAAAAGAAAAUUACCAUCCAGCCCGUGGAGAGGGCGCUCCGCCUGAGCACCGGACCUUUGCUGAGCACAAGGGGGGUGACGCCUCCAAGAGCAAGCCCUCAGUGAAGGAUAGAGAGGAUGAGACCCACAAGCACCAUCAAGCCCGUGAAGAAGAUGCGCCGCCUGGGCAUCGCACACUUGCCAAGCACAAAGGAGAUGAUAGCUCCAAGGACAAGUCCUUAAGAAAGGAUAGAGAGCAUGGUACAUACAAGCAGCAUCAUGCUCGCACAGAAGAUGUGCUCGAGACACUCCGAAGACUAGCCCGGCAAGAAGAUACAGUCGACAAGCAGCCACAAGGCGGUGGUCACGAUCAUCACGCCCACGGCCACGAUCAAACGAUGGAGCAUGGGUCGCAUAAUCACACGGAAACUGGUGGGCACACAAAGGGCGAACUCCACGAGGCCCGGGCGGCAAGUCAAAAAGGUGUCUAUGAGUGUGCAAACGCAAACUGGCUCCAUCCAUGUGUAUGGACACCACUAAAGGAUGGGCAGUGCUAUAACAGGUUAUAUGGACGCUACGGCUCCAUGGGCCCUGAUAACGGCCUAUCCUGCACUAUCUACGAAGCCCCAGAUUGCAAUGACCACGGCUGGAACACAUGCGGGCCGUUUGUAUGGCCAGGGAUCGCGGACUACCAGAAGAGCCACCUGCUGCUUUACCACGGGAUGGCCGAUGAUGGUCCGUUCAGCAUCAAGUGCAAGUCUACUUAG